UUUCGGGGGAGACUUCCGAUUUGUUGCACACGCUCGUCAAUCUCAAAGGAUUUAAAAACGGUUGGAAAUGUUGAUAAAACGCCACGCGUGUUGUGAACAAAGUGACCAAACAUCCUCCCAUGGAAUUCACAUGGAAAUCGUCACAACACGGAACGUUUGUUUUUGGACGCGUGGAGCCUCACAGACGCCACCCGGACGUCAGGACAGGACACGCCGUCAGUUCAACGAGCCAAAGGUGACCCCUCGACAUGUCAUGGACGGAGUUAAAAAAGGACAUUUCACUGUGCCGUCCAGUUGGUAAUGGCUAUCAUCAAGGUGGAGGUUGUCAGACGUGUCCGUGUCAACAACAGGGUUUCCCUGGGAGGUCUGACACUCACAAACAUGCCCUUUCAAAAACGAAGGACAUGCCUGACAGACGUGAUCGCAGACCGUACACGGCCUGAUACGGAGGGAACACAUUUGACCAUCCAUUAUGAGCUCCAGUCUCUGAUGGUGACUGUGUUUCCACUCCACAUGCCAAUCUUCUUCAGCUAUCUCAGGUUUGGCCCGUCAUCCUCGCCACGAUUUUCAUCUGUAAGACUCAGCUGAGCAGCUGUGCCCUUGGACUGCCUGCAUGUCGGGAAACAGCUGUGGGGAUUCACGAUACCUUAACUAAUUCCACAUUCUGCCCUGAGGAAAGCCAGCCAUGUGAGAUCAUGGUUUAAGGCCUUUCUCAUGUUGGAGGCUAGCUGUUCACUCUGAAAGUGCAGGAUGAAAAAAUGGCACAACUUGUACCGCCAGGUCCAGACAGCUUCCGUCCUUUUACUCGUGAGUCCCUCAAUGCCAUUGAGAGACGGAUCGCUCAGGAGAACGCCAAGAAACCAAAAGGCGAGAAGAAAAAACGCAAUGAUGAGAAUGUGCCCAAGGCCAGCCGUGACCUGGGAACAGGCAAAUCGCUGCCUCUCCUGUACAGGGACAUCCCUAAAGGCAUGGUGUCGACACCGCUGGAGGACCUGGACCCCUUCUACAGUAAUCAGAAAACUUUUAUAGUAUUAAACAAAGGAAAGACCAUCUACCGCUUCAACGCCGCUCCUGCCUUGUACCUCCUGAGUCCUUUCAACCCUCUAAGAAAAAUAUCAAUCAAGAUUUUGGUGCACUCAUUGUUCAACGUGGUGAUCAUGUGCACCAUCCUUGCCAACUGUGCGUUCAUGACACUGAGUAGGCAGCCUGACUGGGCAAAGAAUGUGGAGUACACAUUCACUGCAAUCUAUACCUCUGAAUUCCUCAUUAAAGUUUUAGCUCAAGGGUUCUGUAUCGGAAAGUUCACGUUUCUGAGAGAUCCCUGGAACUGGCUGGAUUUCUCUGUCAUUAUUUUGGCGUAUGUAACAGAGUUUGUAAACCUAGGCAAUUUUUCAGCUAUUCGCAUUUUCAGAGUGCUGAGAGCUUUCAAAGCUAUUUCAGUUAUACCAGGCCUGAAGACCAUCGUUGGAGCGUUGUUCCAGUCAGUAAAGAAGCUUUCCAAUGUGAUGAUCCUUACAGUCUUCUGCUUAAGCGUCUUUGCCCUUAUAGGGUUGCAACUAUUUAUGGGCCAUUUAAAGCAAAAGUGUGUAAAGAUUCCAAGAAACAUUUCAUCAUAUAAUGGGACAGACGCCUUCAACUUGACUGAAUUCAGACUCAAUAGCGAAAAUCACUAUAGACUUCCAGGAAAGCGAGAUCCACUGCUCUGUGGAAAUGGCAGUGAAGCUGGGCAGUGUCCAGAGGGUUUCGUUUGCCUUCGGGUGGGAAAGAACCCCAACUAUGGCUACACAAGCUUCGACUCAUUUGGUUGGGCCUUCCUUUCUUUGUUUAGACUGAUGACACAGGAUUACUGGGAAUUCCUUUAUCAACAGACAUUGCGAGCAGCCGGGAAGCCGUACAUGUUGUUCUUUGUGCUGGUGAUAUUCCUUGGUUCCUUCUACCUGAUCAACCUUAUCUUGGCUGUAGUAGCCAUGGCCUACGAGGAGCAGAGCCAAGCCACCAUUAAAGAGGCUAAGGAGAAGGAGGAGGAGUAUCAGGCCAUGCUGGAGCAGCUGAAACAACAGCAAGAGGAUAAUCAGGCAGCAGCAACUGUAGCUGCGACUGACACUGGGCAGGCCAGUGACAAAGCUGGCGGCACUGAGAGCUCUUCUGAAACCUCCAAGCUCAGUUCUAAAAGUGCCAAGGAGAGACGCAACAGGCGGAAAAAAAAAAAGGAGGAGGAGGGCAAAGGGGCUGAUGAGAAAUUCCCCAAAUCGGAGUCGCAGGACAGUAUAAAGAAGGCUCGCUGCCACUUCUCUGUGGACGCAAACCUGCUCAACUACAACAUGAAAAGCUCCUCUGCACAUCAGUCCUUUCUGAGUUUUCGCGGACCGCCGUUCUCCCCGAGACGGAACAGCAGGACCAGCCUUUUCAGUUUUCGAAGCCAAACACAGGACGUGGGGUCAGAGAAUGAGUUUGCCGACGAUGAGAACAGUAUUUUUGAGGACAACCUGAAUCCGCGAGGCUCUGUUUUUCUUCCCCGAGCGUUUGAUCGACGAAGCAGCAGCAUGAGCCAGUGCAGCUUCUUGUCACAUCUCCUUUUUCCAGCCAGCGGGAUCAAGCACAGCUCAGUAGACUGUAAUGGGGUAGUGUCCCUGGUGGGUGGGAAUUCUCUGCCAUCAUCACCUGUGAGGCUCCACCUGCCUAAAGUGACAGUGGAUAUGGCUUCCAUCACAGACAAUGCUGAUACCCCUGAGGCAGAGUACAGACAGGCCAGUGGAGGAGCAAACCAGGAGUAUAUGGACUUCCUCGAUGGCCCAGAGGCCAGACAGAGAGCUCUUAGCACAGCUAGUGUCAUUACCAGCACAAUGGAGGAGCUUGAAGAGUCGAGGCAGAAGUGUCCUGCUUGCUGGAACAAGUUUGCCCAAACUUUCCUCAUCUGGGAAUGCUGUCCAGCAUGGCUGAAGAUCAAGAAGCUGGUUAAACUUAUUGUGAUGGACCCGUUUGCAGACCUAACCAUCACCAUAUGCAUCGUACUUAACACGUUGUUUAUGGCAAUGGAGCAUUAUCCAAUGACUGGGCGUUUCUCCUCUAUGCUCAAAGUGGGAAAUCAGGUUUUCACUGGUAUAUUCACUGCGGAAAUGGUCCUCAAGAUCAUUGCACUGGAUCCAUACUAUUACUUCCAGGAGAGGUGGAAUAUUUUUGAUGGAAUCAUUGUCUGUUUAAGCAUGAUGGAGCUUUGUUUGGAAAAAGUGGGUGGCAUGUCUGUUCUGAGAUCGUUCCGACUGCUGAGAGUAUUCAAGUUGGCUAAAUCAUGGCCCACUCUAAACACACUAAUCAAAAUAAUUGGCAAUUCAGUGGGGGCUUUGGGCAACCUGACCCUGGUGCUGGCUAUCAUCGUCUUUAUCUUUGCCGUGGUGGGCAUGCAGCUGUUUGGAAAAAAAUACAAUGACUGUGUGUGUAAAAUCUCACCCAGCUGCACUCUGCCCCGAUGGCACAUGAGUGACUUCUUCCAUUCAUUCCUCAUUGUGUUCCGAGUGCUUUGUGGAGAGUGGAUAGAGACCAUGUGGGACUGUAUGGAGGUGGCUGGGACGCCCAUGUGCAUCAUUGUCUACAUGAUGGUCAUGGUUAUUGGAAACCUUGUGGUGCUGAACCUGUUCCUGGCCUUGCUGCUGAGUUCCUUUAGUGCUGACAACCUGGCAGCGACAGAGGAUGACAGGGAUACGAACAAUCUGAAGAUUGCCAUUGCCCGGAUUCACAGAGGAAUCGCUUUUGCCAAGUCCAUACUCCGCAGCAGCUGCAACAGUGUCUGUCUCCGGAACAAGAAGAAAAGGAAGGCUGAUGACAAAUCGCUUGAUGAGCUUCAGAAACCUUUUGGACCAAAUGGUGUCCCCGACCACACCAUCAAAGACUUUCCAAAGAAUGGCAAUGGGGAUGUGACUGGAGUGGACAAGAACGGAGACAAGUAUAUAGUCAGCAGCAAGAGUGAUGAUUCUAUAAUGUCUUUCAUCAACAAUCCGAGUCUGACUAUCACGGUUCCUAUCGCUGUGGGGGAGUCUGACUUUGAAAACCUCAACACGGAGGACUUCAGCAGUGCCUCCUCUGAACCAGCAGGAUUCCAUAUGACUGCAGAUGACGACGGGCAGCUCAGCUCCUCAGAGGGCAGCACAGUGGAUGGUUUGCCACCCGGGGAAGGCAGAGAGUCCAUUGACUUUGAACUUGAAGAAUCUAUGGAUCCUGAUGGCUGCUUUCCUGAAGACUGCGUGCAGAAGUUCCAGUGCUGUCAGGUGAAUGUGGAGGUGGGAUGGUGGAAGGUGUGGUGGACACUAAGAAAGACCUGUUUCCGGAUAGUGGAGCACAACUGGUUUGAGAGCUUCAUCAUCUUCAUGAUCCUGCUCAGCAGUGGAGCACUGGCAUUUGAAGAUGUCUACAUUGAGAAGAGGAAGACCAUAAAAACUGUGUUGGAGUUUGCAGACAAAAUCUUCACCUACAUCUUCAUUCUUGAGAUGUUAUUGAAGUGGGUGGCGUAUGGAUUUGCCAAGUACUUCACAAAUGCCUGGUGCUGGUUGGACUUCCUCAUUGUGGAUGUGUCAUUGGUCAGCCUGGUGGCCAAUACUAUGGGAUAUUCUGAACUCGGUCCCAUCAAGUCUUUGAGAACCCUGCGAGCUUUGAGGCCUCUGAGAGCGUUGUCGCGGUUUGAGGGCAUGAGGGUGGUUGUUAACGCCCUGCUCGGCGCCAUUCCUUCCAUCUUCAACGUGCUGCUGGUAUGUCUCAUAUUCUGGCUCAUCUUCAGCAUCAUGGGCGUCAACUUAUUUGCGGGGAAGUACUACUACUGUACCAACAAAAUCUCAGAUGAGCCUCUCCCGACGUCACUGGUCAAAAACAGGACGGAUUGCGAAGCACUGCCGGGGACUCGCUGGAAACUUCACAAAAUCAACUUUGACAAUGUUGGAGCCGGUUAUCUGGCACUGCUGCAAGUGGCUACAUUCAAGGGCUGGAUGGAAAUCAUGUAUGCCGCCGUGGACUCGCAAGCAAAUCAAGAAGAGCAACCUGAGUAUGAGAUCAACCUGAUUAUGUACCUGUAUUUUGUUGUGUUCAUCAUAUUUGGGGCCUUCUUCACACUGAAUCUCUUUAUUGGUGUCAUCAUAGACAAUUUCAAUCAGCAGAAGAAAAAGUUUGGAGGUCAGGACAUCUUCAUGACUGAGGAGCAGAAGAAAUACUACAAUGCCAUGAAAAAGCUGGGCUCAAAGAAACCACAAAAACCUAUUCCGAGACCAUCAAACAAGAUUCAAGCGUACAUCUUUGACUUCACAACAAAGCAGGCGUUUGAUAUUAUAAUAAUGGUUCUGAUAUGGCUCAACAUGGUCGCAAUGAUGGUGGAAACCGACGAACAGUCGCUCGAAAUGGAAAACAUUCUCUACUACAUAAACAUCUUAUUCAUUUCCAUCUUCACGGGAGAGUGUUUGUUGAAGAUGAUCUCUCUUCGCCAUUACUUUUUCAUCAAUGGUUGGAAUAUCUUCGAUUUCAUCGUCGUCAUUCUCUCCAUCAUUGGUAUGUUUCUUGCUGACAUGAUAGAAAAGUAUUUUGUUUCGCCAACACUGUUCCGAGUCAUCCGACUGGCUCGGAUCGGCCGAGUCCUCCGCCUGAUUAAAAGCGCCAAAGGAAUUCGCACCCUUUUGUUUGCUUUGAUGAUGUCACUUCCUGCCCUGUUUAACAUUGGUCUCCUGCUCUUCUUGGUGAUGUUUAUCUACGCUAUCUUUGGCAUGUCAAACUUCGCUUAUGUCAAGAGGGAGGCGGGCAUUGAUGACCUCUUCAAUUUUGAGACGUUUGGCAACAGCAUGAUCUGCUUGUUCCAGAUCACCACCUCGGCAGGGUGGGACGGCCUCCUUGCUCCCCUUCUCAACAAAAACAAAGAUGAUUGUGACCCUACUAAGGAGCAUCCUGGCAGUUUAAUUGUAGGAGACUGUGGAAACCCUCCUGUGGCGAUUGCUUUCUUUGUUAGCUACAUCAUCAUCUGUUUCCUGAUUGUGGUGAAUAUGUACAUUGCAGUCAUCCUGGAAAACUUCAGCGUGGCCACCGAGGAGAGCGCGGACCCACUAAGCGAGGAUGAUUUCGAAAUGUUUUACGAGGUAUGGGAAAGGUUUGAUCCUCAUGCGACACAGUUCAUGGAGUACAACAAGCUGGCAGAAUUUGCAGAUACUUUGGAGCCGCCGUUACGCAUAGCCAUGCCUAACCGGCUUGAACUGAUCUCCAUGGAUCUACCCAUGGUGAGCGGCGAACGCAUUCACUGCUUGGAUAUCCUGUUCGCAUUCACUAAGCGUGUUUUAGGGGAGGGUGGCGAGAUGGAUGUCCUCAGGGGGCAGAUGGAGGAGCGCUUCAUGGCCUCCAACCCUUCCAAGGUGUCCUACGAGCCCAUCACUACCACCUUACGUCGCAAACAGGAGGACAUGUCAGCCGUCGUCAUCCAGCGAGCUUUCAGGCACUAUGUUAAGGCAAUUGUGGCCGGCAAGCAAUCAAACACAUCCUAUGAUGUCGUCCAAAAGGAGAAAGCACUCACUGACAACGAGAUUGUCGUCAAGGACGAUCUAAAAAAAAAUCAAGACACUCAUCAGAGUGAACUAGCACCUCCAACUGCCUCUCAGUCGUCAUGUAACAGUGUGACAACAAAUGGAAAAAACAAAUAUGAAAAGGACAAAAGUGAAAAGGAGGUUGUGGGCAAAGAUGUCCAAGAACAACAUGAAUAAAGAAAUCUUGGCGAUGCAACAAAGACUUUUUAAUGAAUGACAAAAAAAAUGUUUACAACAUUUAAAAAGUGACUAAGUCGUCUUCUGGACUCUCUUCCGUCCUCAGUGUGGCUAUCUAUGCCAAAGUGACCAUGCCUAAAUGCCUAAAUGUAAAAGUUGCUCAUUCAGGCUGUAAUGGGACAACGUUGGCUGCGUUCAAGAGCCAGGCGAACUGUUUGUAAUGACUCUCAGAACUUUUCUCAAAGUGUUCUGAGAGACACGUUAGUUAACGCUUUGACUUCUACUGCAGCUAGUUCUGCUUUCAUGUGUCUCGGAUGACUGUUAUAUCACUCACUGUUUUAUUACUUUAAGAAUUCCUAGCUUAUUUAAUUGACUUUUUAUACACUUUUUUUACUCUUCAAAAGGGUCGUUCUGUCAGGGGGUGAUCUUUAGCGUGAGAAGGACUGCUUUAAGGCUCGCAAUCUUAGAGACACCGUCGCAAUUGUCACAGACCUGCAUGGACGGUUUCUUCGUGAUUGUGCAUGUCCAUGUUCUGUUUUCCCAUCUGGCUCGCUCCAUGUCCAUCAAGCCUCACGCGCCGACCUGCAGGACAUUUUUACACAAAAUGGCCGAUAGCCUUCGUCUAUGGUCCCCAUGAAUCCAGUCAUACUCACGGACGGUAUAUUUGAGUAUCGGUGUCAGAGCAGCAGAAAUACUUUGCACAUUCACUUUUGUUAAGUCUCAAAAAUCAUUCAUGUAAAUACGUGCUAUUUUUCUUAUGAUUUUGGUUAUUAUGCACAUACUUCUUUGUUGUUAUCAUUAAAGUGCUGAAAGUUGAAUCUUUAAGAAAAAAGCCUUUGCUGUUGACAAACUUUCAGUGAACCUGUUAGAAGUUUGCUCGCUUAACCGCAAACCAGGAGGAAAUCAUUGGUAAAAUUGUCUAUUUCUCCUCCAGGUCUCUACUUUUCCCAUCUUUUUUUUUUUUUUAUGAUGUAUUUUGCAAGGAUUGUGAAAUGAUGGAAUUUGUAGAACAUUAUUGCAGUUGUAUUACAUGUGAUAUAAAAGCAGAUGUAUUCCGUGUUCUGCUCUAUUCAGACAGGAGUAAAUAUUCAACCGGAGCCGCGUGGUGAAGAAUGUAAACUGCCAUAUGGACCAUUAAGGACAAUUAAGACUAGGUCACCUGAAUAUUGUUAUUUGGAAAUAGAAAGUUAAUGUUUUAUGUUUUAGUGGGCUUUGUAAAAAUAUUUUUACACAGCUUACCUCUCAAUCCUUAUCACUAUUAAUAUCUAAAUUGGAUGAAAGACGGCAUGAAAUAUUCUGAAUGAUUCUCUUAAGGACAUGGCGUCACACAUCUCAUAUGCCCUUGGCUGUUUUCUACUUCUGUUUACAUUUUUCAAGGGCAUUUAGGUGUGUUACUUUUGCUAUUUCUUCCCAUGAACUCCAACCGAAAGCUCCAUCUGUUGUUCCAUGUUAUAAAGGUAUAGCUCCAUUAAUAUGAGUAUAUUUUGCAUGUCAUUACAACUUCCAAUACUUACGCUGUACGUUGUGCAUUAUGAAAGAAUGUUUUGAUUAAACAGACUUUGAACAUCGCCCAUCAAUCAAAUACAGAAUGCUUGUAGUGUAUAAGUAAACUGCAUGCAAGACUGCUAUAACCCAUUUUAUUGGAAAGCCAUAAGAAUAAAGAUAACAUGUACAUCAA